AUGGCUCCUAUCGCUCUCACCCAGACAGAGUCUGUGUCUCCCGCUCAAGUGCACACUCUCAAGUUGAAAGGUGACGCGACCGAGACUCCAACAGGAGUAGCUCAGAAUACACUGAAAGGUCCAUUGGAGUACAAAGGUACUUUGGAGGAGUACUCACAUUUCGAAGUGACUCCAUCAAUUGGACGAGAAUUCGGAUCUGAUCUUCAAUUAUCUCAACUUUUAAAAGCUGACAAUUCGGAUGACCUCAUACGAGAUCUGGCUGUCUUGAUCUCUAGACGAGGAGUGUGCUUUUUCCGAGCUCAAGAUGUCAGUCAAGAUGAAAUGAUGCAGUUACAAAAGAAGAUCAGUACAUUGGCUGGACAACCGAAAGAUUCAAAUAUGUGUAUACAUCCAGUAUCAGAGAACACGGGAGAGAUGGGUGCCAAAACUCAACUUAUAUCAGCUGAGAUGCAAAGAAAAGGUGGUGGUAUCAUGAGAUUACAUGACGAUGUUUCACGUUGGGCAAGUAGAGCUUUUCAUUCUGAUGUAUCAUUCGAGAAAGUUCCAUCUGAUUAUUCAAUGUUGAAAGUCAAUGUACUUCCUCCAUCUGGUGGUGAUACUCAAUGGAUAAAUUGUUAUGAUAUCCUUGAUAAAAUAUCACCUUCAAUGCUCGAAUACUUCAAGACGCUUAAAGCGGAUCAUAAUGCCAAUUUCUUCCAUCAAGAAGCAGCCAACCAUGGUAAGACGGUAUCAAAAACGAUGAUCAGAGGUAAUCCUCUGAAUGUCGGUGACGAUUUAUCGGCUCAUCACCCUUUGAUUCGGACAAAUCCAGUCACUGGAUGGAAUGCCCUUUACUAUUCGUACGGUUUUGGAAGUCGAAUACAAGGUGUGACAUAUGAUGAACACCUUAUGUUACGAGAUUACUUGACUCAACUAUGUCUGAACAACUUUGAUUGUUCAGUUAGGUUCCGCUGGGAAGCUGGGUCAGUGGCCAUUUGGGACAACCGAUCUACCUUGCAUUCUGCAACCUUUGACUACGCCGAAGAACGAAGUGGUGAUCGAGCAUCGUCUAUUGGUGAACAACCAUAUUUCAGUCCCGAAGGAAAACAAAAAAGUGAAGCUUUACGAGCUGAGGGUAAAAAGUGGUAA